AUGGAUUCAAACAUAGCUGAAUCCUGGAAUGGGGUGCUUAAGGAAGCACGUGAAUAUCCCCUCAUUACGAUGUUUGAGUACAUACGUACAACAGUUAUGCCUUGGUUCGCAUUGCGUCGAGCGAAAUCAACCCGUGAGCAAGGAACUAUAACUCCAAAUGUCAGGAAACUCGUGGAGGAAAACUUUGAUCUCUCCACCGCUAUGGCUGUACGUGAUAUAGCCGAUCUUGAAUACCAAGUGCAGGACCCCGCCGGGGAGUGCUUCACAGUUUUAUUGGGUCCUGGUACUUGCACAUGUGGUGAGUAUCAACUAAUAGGGUUACCCUGUAUGCAUGCGCUAGCUUGUUCCACCAGGGUUGGAUUUCCAUCAGAUGCGCUGGUGGCACCGGCUUACCGUGUACCAACAUGGCGCGAAGGCUUCAUCGGAAAAAUCUAUCCGGUCCCAUCUGUUGGUGGAUUAGAACUCGGAUCUGGAACUAGAGCUCCAUUACUUCCACCAGCAGUACGCCGUCCACCUGGGCGUCCUAGGAAAGUCCGCAUCCUAUCACGUGGGGAGUACAAGAAAGGAGGAAGCUCGUCAAACAGGAAAUGCAAACGUUGUGGCCGUUCGGGACACAACAGGGCAUCCUGCCGCAACUCAAUAUGA